UCUGAGUUUAAGAAUUAUAAAAUAGCUGGCUAUUUCAUAACAGGAUUAAUUGGUAAAAUCUGUGUAUUUGCAUAAACAUGUUCUGAUAAUGGCUAAAUUUCUUGCUCAAAUUAUCGUCCUUGGUGGACAAAUUGUUGGAAAAGCAUUUACACAAGCCCUCAAACAGGAAUUUCAAGCUGGUGCUCAGAAAGCUGCCCGUUCUGCAACUGAGGGUGCAAAAAAGGCACCGCAUACAGCAGUCAGUGGCAUCACUGUUGAGGAAGCCAAAAUGAUAUUAAAUAUAAAAGAUGUCACACCAGAGGUUGUUGAAAAGAGCUAUAAAUACUUAUUUGAAAUUAAUGAUAAGAAGGCCGGAGGUUCGUUUUACCUCCAAUCGAAGGUCUUCAGAGCUAAAGAGAGGUUAGACUUUGAGUUAAAGGAUAUAGCUGACUCACAAAGAAAAGAAGAAAAAAAUACAGACUCGGUUAAAAAUGACUUAUAGCACGGCAAAUGUUUUUUUGCACGUGAAUAAAAGCUUGCGUAAAUAGCAAUUGUGUAUCGUAAGGUUGGCUCGAAAACAACUUCUGUGUAACUUUUUAACUGGAAAGCUGCCAAUGGAAAGGACUUCUUAUAAGGACUUUUUUGGAGACGCUUAAUUAGGAUUAAUAUAUUUUAAUAAAUCCUUCUCUGUUUAACGCCUCCAAAAUAGCAUCAGUAUUAAAUGCCCCAGGUCGUUUUUUGAAGCUGACAAGCGAACAAAAAUCCUUUCAUUAAAAACUAAAUUUAAAUAUCGGUUAUUAAAGAAUUUCUGCGUGUUUUGCAAAAGUUUAUUUUCGAAAACAAAUAAGAUAGAUACGUACACGUUAUUUUAUAAACACUCAAAUUCGCAACAUUUUUGGGGACUUUAAAACAAUAUUGAUACAAGGAGCAAAUUUGGUAGCGGUUUUAAAAGUGCAUUACCAUAGUCGUAAAUUGAUUUUGACAUUUUGUGUAACUUCUUUUCACGUGUGUCAAGAUACAAUAAUAACUUCUUUUUAUGCUGCUUAAGGUAAUCAUUUCAUCAUUCAUUCAUGAAAUAGUUUUUUUUACCUGAUUUUCCCUAAAUAAUUAAAUUAAACUGGUAAUUUUUGGCAGAGCCUUUAUUUUUUUUCCAUUUUCAACGUUUUAUGCAACUAAAUGCCGGGUCAAAACUUAAUUUGCUUACGAAAAACGUAGUGUAUAUUGCUUUUAUGUUUUACAAAGAGUAUUACAAUGUUUUACAACGUAUUGUCAGAAAAAAAAUAUUUGACAUUUGUAA